CUUCUCACCACCUCGCAGUCGUCUAUCAGUCUCAGUCCAACGUCUAGUUUCUAAGUCUUUUUGCUUCUUUUCCAAAGCUCUACAUAGCCAGUAUGGACCCUAACAAUGCAAUUAGACCAGACUACGCGCUACCAGAACGAAGGUUUAACCGAGCAGCAGGCCACUCGAUCCUUGACAGCGUUAUGGAAUUUUAACAAUAACGCUGAGAAGGUACACUUAGAAGAGGCUCCCCAGAGGCUGCAAGACCUCAAAGACGAAGAAGAAGCAACUCGUUUAGAAGACAGGAAGAAAAAUAAGAACAAGAGACUAAAAGCAGGAGAUUACUGCGAGUUGCACUACUUCACCAACAAAGGCCUCAAUGAGGCCAAGGUCACAACCUUGAUUGCGGAGCCCGAUGCAUUAGUAAUGCUCCCAGCAGCGGAUGGAGUACACUCUUGGGUGCCCGCCGCAGCGGUCAAAGAUCCCAAGGCAGCCCCCGUUACUAAAGAUGAAAACCUCACAUGGGAAGAGUUCAAUGAAGCGGCCCCGCGCAUCAUCUCUUUCAUGAAGGUACACGACUGGCCCGAUGACAGAGUCAGCAUGCACAUCCAAUUCUGGACGGCUCUUCAAGCUCACCGCUGGCGCCACGCACCCGACGUACUUAAACAGAAAGCUCUGUUACUGUACCAGUCGCAACAAUGA